ACAGUACGCGAUCCUUUCAGACGGUAUAGCAUCUAGGGUUUCCUUAGCAGCGCUUCGGUCGACAUCGUGCGUUGGGCGGGGUCGGUCAUCGAUUUCUCUCACAAAUUCCGAGAUGGGCCGGUGGUGGAGAUCUAGAGAGCAAGAGAGCGAGACGGGGGUUGAGGACGGCGCUGGCGAGGCGGUGAUCUUGUUAAGUAGCGACGAUGAUGAGGCGAACGAAGACCUUAGCUUGGCGGUUGUCGCUAAAGCUCAGCUACGCGAGGCCAAGCGGAAGAGGGCCAAUGAUAAAGAGAAAGGUCGGGACUUUUUCAUAGAUCUUUCUACGUCAUCGGCCGAUGAAAUUAAGGCUACUCCUAAUGGGAAAGCCGCAGGAGGAAGGGAGGGGGUUUUGGCGGGGGCGGAAGAAGAAGUGAAGAAGAAGCGGAAAAGCAGGCCGAAGAAGAGGAAGAAGAAGGAAGUUGAAGAACUGAUUGUAAUGGAACGGCCUGACGCUCCAGCUGAGGAAGAGAAACCAGCUGGAUCUUCUAAUUCUGUGAUGCAAGUUGGCAAUGAAGAAUCUAACAACCUAGUUUUGAGAAAACUUCUGCGUGGCCCAAGAUACUUUGACCCGGGCGAUGGCAAUUGCGAGACUUGCUACAACUGCGGCGAGGAAGGUCAUAUAGCUGCAAACUGCAAGGCGGAGAGGCGUCAGAAGCCAUGUUUUGUGUGUGGGAUGUUCGGGCACAAUUCUAAGGAGUGCUUGCAGGUAGGACUAGACUGCUUUGCAUGCAAAAGAAGAGGCCAUCAUGCAAAGGACUGUCCAGAUAAGCACAAAAACAAUUCUGAAGAAUCUAUAAUAUGCUUACGCUGUGGAGAUCUAGGACAUGAUAUGGCAUCCUGUAGAAAAAAUUAUGCAUCUACUGAUAUGAAGGAAAUACAAUGUUACAUUUGCAAGAAAUAUGGCCAUCUGUGCUGUGUGGAUUACGAGGACAAUGGUCCAAUUGAAAUAUCUUGUUACAAUUGUGCCGAGUUUGGUCAUAGUGGCCAAGGCUGUGCAAAGCAACGGGGUGAAAGUACUGCUGCUACCCCACCUACUCUUUGCUACAGAUGUGGUCAAGAAGGGCAUUUUGCAAGGGGUUGCACUAUAGAGCUCAAGCCCGUAAAGCGCCUUGGGGAAUCACCAACCAUGGUUAGUCGAUUGAAGGUUAAAAAAGAUGCCAAAGUCUCGAAGUCCCUGCCUCGAGAUUUUGGCAGAGAGCAUAGAAAGAGAAGUUCUUAUUAUGAUAAGAACACGAGACCUGUGAAGUCUAAGGUAAAGGGUGGCUGGAUUGUUGAUGAUACAGGUUACCUGCCUAAAAGGAAACAUAAAACAAUGGAGGAUUGGGGAUCUCCCGCCACUCCAUCAUUAAGGACUGGCAACUUUAGCUCGUCAUCUUCUCGACGCCGCUAUUCUGACUAUUCAAACUAUUCGAGCCCUCGCACACCACAUCAGAUGUAUAAUUAUCACCAUCAGGGAGGAACUCCUUUCUCUCGUGGUUCUACAGGCAGCUACCACCAUGGUUUUCCUGCGAGAUUUGGCUACUCAUAAUGGUUUCUGUGAUUUGAGACUUCGUUUGGAACUGCUUUCUUACUGCUUAAAACAGCUUUCUUGUAAAAAUUUAAAAUUUUUGUACUUGAAAGCUACUUUAUAAAGCAAUAAAAAAGCCGUCCCAAACGAAACCUAAAUUUGGGCCAUAAAGUGUGCGGCAUUGAAGGUCCUUUGAAUACAGCUUUCUUUUGGAUUUGAGAUGGGGCUUUUGAGCCAGUUUGGUAGUUUGAUCCUCCACAAACUCAUUGAACCUCCAGGUUUUGCUUAUUAGGAUUCAUGUGGUGGCUUCCAAUCAUUUAUGGAUUCUGCAUUAAGAGAUUAUGGUUAAAGAAGGCAUAGCCAGCACAUGAGAUUUCUGGUUCAUGUGGAGUUUAGGAAAUAAGUUGAUGUAUGCAGUCUUACUCAUUUGUUUUAGUAUUUAUUUUUGUGAUGUAAACGCAAUUUAGAAUGAAGGCAAUAUAAUUAAUUAUGGGAUCAAGCCUACAUUGUAUUCUUAGUGAUUCUAAUCAUAUAUAUAAUUCUUAAUUGUUCUUGGUCA